AUAUCAUUCUCAAUGUAGCAUCCUGCCAUUGAUGAGGGCUCAAAUUCAUUGAAUCUUUGAUCAAGACUUCGAACUUUGUCACUACAAGAUGAUGCAAACCUUGUCCAGUCAUGGACAAUUCAUCACUCGUUGCGACCUGGAUUAUGACAUAACAAAAGAAUUGCGGGAAUUCGACGAGACCAAGGCCGGAGUCAAAGGCCUCGUGGACUCUGGCGUGACCAAGAUCCCCAGGAUCUUCAUCCACCCGCCCGAGAGCUUGCACGGCUUGUCAUCCAACGCAAACGGUACCGGCCUCCAGGUCCCGAUCGUCGAUCUAGGAGGCUGUUGGGAUUCUCGCCGGCGAGACAUCACCGACUGUAUUCGCGAAGCAUCGGAGGCAUGGGGGUUCUUUCAGAUAAUCAAUCACGGGAUUCCGCUCAAUGUGAUGGACAGCAUGUUGGAGGGUGUGAAGAAGUUCCAUGAUCAACCAGUGGAAGUGAAGCAAGAGCUGUACUCUAGAGACGGUUCGAAGAGAGUGAGGUACUUUUGCAAUGGAGACUUUUUCCGGUCAAAGGCAGCAACUUGGAGAGAUAGUAUUGUGUUUGAUUUCCAGGAUGGUGUCCUAGAACCUGAGGCCGUUCUUCCUAUUUGCAGAGAGGCAGUUUUAGAGUACGAGAAGCAUAUGGCCGAACUGAAGAUGUCUUUAUCCGAACUAUUCUCAGAGGCAUUGGGACUUGGUUCUGAUUAUCUCAGCGGCUUUGAGUGUAUGAAAUCGGAGACAGUGGCAGGCCAUUACUACCCAGCUUGUCCUGAACCAGAACUGACUCUCGGUACAGUUAAUCACACGGACUUAUCGUGCCUGACUCUUCUCCUUCAAGACCACCACGGUGGUCUCCAAGUCCUCCAGGAAAACCACUGGGUUGAUGUGGUUCCUGUGAAGGGAGCACUUCUAGUCAACAUUGGAGACUUCAUGCAGCUUGUUACCAACGACAAGUUCAAAAGCGUGGAGCACCGAGUACUCGCCGGGCAGGUCGGACCCAGGGUUUCGGUCGCAUGCUUUCUCUCCCCAAGCAGGAUGCAGAAAACCAAACCCUUUGGGCCAAUAAAGGAGCUUCUCUCUGAAGACAAUCCACCCGUAUACAAAGAAACCUCUCUUUUGGAAUACGUCACCUACAAUAAAUCCCAUCACCCGGGUGGCAGUUCAGCACUUUCUCAUUUCAGGAUAAGUGACUCCAAAUAGAGCAGAGUUGUGGAAAAUCCUGAAUGACUGUGUCUUGACUGGUUAGUAUCGUAUAUCUGAGUUUGUCGCAGGACUUUGUAACUUCCUCUUCGAUCUGUGCAAUAAAAUCUUACUCAUCCAAAACAAA